AUGAUUCGAACAUCUCAAAAAGAGAAUGCAUCCACAGAAGAAGGAACAAGCCAUCAAGUUACUCAAUCAUCGCCACCUCGCCAAACCGAAGUCUCUUUUUGUUCCCUGAACCCUGCCCAGCAUGCUGCGCUUAUGAACAAAUUCCGUGCAAAAGCUUUGCAUAUGAUAGAGAACCCGGCCCUCCUGCAAAAUCCCACCUUUAGCAUCACCCAGUACAAUAUACUUCGAGCUAUGUUCAUCAACGCCGAUCUCAUGGGCCUCACAUUAGAGCUUCUCAAUGAAGACCUCGCGUCGCAGUUCAACCUCACCGGUCCAUUAAUGUCAGCGCUACAUCUCCCAGCAAGCCUGUGUCCAUCUCAGAAACAAAAGAAAAUCAUCCACCACCCCUGGAUCGACUUGAUUCCAAUGGUAUCUCUACGGGAGGCCAUCUUGACUAGGGCGGACGUAAUUGACGAAGAUGAAUUGUGCGGCGAUUUUUACGGAUCUUCUCCUUCCCAAGAAGUCGGGCUUCGCGUUUGGGGCGAAGCUUGGGAUCCAUCUGCUUAUGAGGUCUCGGAGACAUUGAUCAGGAAAUUCGGUUGGAUGGUAAAGGACUGUCCCGACAUCAUCAACUCUUCUAACUACUGGAGGAAACAGAGAGGGGAAAAGCCCAUCAUGUUCAAGAUCAAGUGA